AUGGUUGAGGUAUGGUGGUCCCUGCUCGGGGCCGCUAUUCCUGCUGUUAUUGCCGGUCAAGCUUUCCGACUGAAGAGGAAGCGCACGGAGGAGCAAAGAAUCAAAAGUGCUCGGGGCAGGGAAAAGAGUGCCGAUGAUAUAUUUGUUUGUGAGAGAGUUUGCACGUCGAAGAGAAUGUUGAAGAAGGUCGGCUCAUUCUCUAAGGAUCCAAUACCGGAUACUUGUGUUACAGUUUGUGGUGUUUCUGAACUUGAUGCUUGUUCUGAUGCCUGUGCUCGUACGGUCUGUGUCAAUCAACAUCAAGUCCCCAACUGGAAUGAUGUCUGCCUUCGUAGAUGUCAAAGUGAAUGUCUUAAACUCUCUGCUUCUCGUUCUUCGUAG